GGAGUAGAGGACUCUGUUUCAAACCCCCCGCGCUUUGCCUCCCACAAUCAACCCCGUCGCCGUUAAUUCUUCCCAAAUCUCUUCAAAACCUUAUCCACAACUCACUAACUACUCUAAAGUGCCAUCCUUUGUUGAGUUCGUGGAGAGGCUUUUACCUUGAGAUUUGGUGGGGGAGGGGGUUUAAAACGAUGUUAAAGGUGAAGACUUUGUGUCAACGCUUAGUGAAAUCGAGAAAGGCUACGACUUGCUCUCUUCCGACGUCGGACCCGUCAUCAUCAACCUCUGCUUCGUCCGACCACCGUUCCAGAUGUUUGUCGUUGAUUGUUAACCUUCGCCGACGAGGUCUCUUGGACUCUGCUCGGGAAGUGACUCGCCGCGUCAUCGAUGGUUGUUCCUCUAUAUCAGAGGCUGCUUCAGUUACCGACUUCGCAGUCAACAACGGAAUAGAACUCGACGCUUCCUGCUGCGGGGCACUGAUAAGGAAGCUCACGGAGAUGGGCCAGCCUGAAUCGGCUGAGACUUUCUACAACCAGCGUGUGCUCGGAAACGGUAUCGUUCCUGAUUCCUCUGUUUUGGAUUCGAUGGUUCUCUGUUUGGUUAAGCUGAGGAGAUUCGACGAGGCUAGAGCGUGUUUAGAUAGAGUUCUAGCUUCUGGUUAUGUUCCUAGCGAAAACGCUUGUAGCUUAGUAGUCGAGGAGCUUUGUAAUCAAGAUCAGUAUCUCGAGGCGUAUCUUUACUUUGAGCAAGUCAAAGCGAGAGGCGGCGGCGGUUUACGGCUUUGGUGUUGCAAGAGAUUGUUUAAAGGAUUGUGCGGCCAUGGUCACUUGGAUGAAGCGGUUGGGAUGUUAGAUACUCUCUGCGAGAUGACUGGGAUGCCUCUUCCGGUUAAUCUAUAUAAGUCUCUCUUUUACGGUUUUUGUGCAAGAGGAUGCGCUGCUGAAGCAGAGGCUCUGUUUGAUCAUAUGGAGGCUGACGGCUACUUUGUGGAUAAGGUCAUGUACACUUGUUUGAUGAAAGAGUAUUGCAAAGGAAAUGAUAUGACGAUGGCGAUGCGGCUCUACUUGCGGAUGGUUGAGAGAGGUUGCGAGCUCGACACUUAUAUUUUCAACACUUUGAUUCAUGGGUUCAUGAAGUUGGGUGUACUCGAUAAAGGGCGGGUUGUGUUUAGUCAGAUGAUGAAGAAAGGUGUGCGCUCGAAUGUUUUCACUUACCAUAUAAUGAUUGGUAGCUACUGCAAAGAAGGUAAUGUUGAUUAUGCUUUGAGGCUUUUCGAGAACAGUGUAGGAGGAGGGGGUGUCGAAGAUAUAUCACGCAACGUGCAUUGUUAUACGAAUCUUAUAUCCGCGUUUCACAAGAAGGGUGGAUUGGAUAAAGCUCUUGGCUUGUUGAUGAGGAUGUUAGACAACGGGGUUGUCCCUGACCACAUUACUUACUUUGUGCUCUUGAAGAUGCUCCCAAAAUACCACGAGCUUAAGUACGCUAUGGUUAUCUUACAAGCAAUUGUGGAUAAUGGAUGUUGUGGGAUAAGUCCACAGGUUAUUGAUGAGCUUGAAAACAUUGAGGUGAAGGUUGAGUCUUUGCUUGAGGAGGUUGCUAGAAAAAACGCGAAUCUAGCUGCCAAGGGACUUGCCGUCGUCACAACUGCUCUGUGUUCGCAGAGAAACUUCACCGCUGCUUUGUCUCGUAUCAAGAAAAUGGUGAAUCUAGGAUGCACGCCCUUACCCUUUUCAUACAACUCAGUGAUCAAAUGUCUAUUUCAAGAAGGUCUUAUAGAAGAUUUGGGGUCUUUAGUCAGUCAUAUUCAAGAAUGGGGGUUCGUUCCGGAUCCUGAUACGUACUUGAUAGUUGUGGAUGAGUUAUGCAAGAAUAACGACAUAGACGCUGCUUUUGCUGUUGUAGAUGUGAUGGAGGAGGUUGGUUUGAGACCUACGGUUGCUAUUUACAGUUCAAUCAUUGGUUCUCUUGGCAGACAAGGAAGAGUUGUUGAGGCGGAAGAGACCUUUGCCAGGAUGCUUGAGUCUGGGAUUCAGCCUGAUGAGAUUGCUUACAUGAUUAUGAUCAAUGCAUAUGCGAGAAACGCGAGAAUCAACGAAGCAAAUGAGCUAGUUGAAGAGGUCGUCAAACUUUUUGUCCGACCUAGCUCUUUUACUUACACCGUAUUGAUCAGUGGAUUUGUGAAGACUGGUAUGAUCGAGAAAGGAUGUCAGUAUCUUGAUAAGAUGGUCGAAGACGGGUUAUCUCCAAACGUUGUGUUGUAUACUUCACUCAUUGGUCAUUUCUUGAAGAAGGGAGACUUCAAGUUUUCUUUUACGUUGUUUGGUUUAAUGGGAGAAAAUGAGGUGAAACAUGAUCACGUUGCGUACAUCACACUGCUUAGCGGUUUGUGGAGAGCAUUGGCACGACGAAAGAGACAAGUGUUUGUUGAGCCUGGUAAAGACGAGCUUCUCCGACGUCUUCUUCAGACAAAUCCUGUACCAUCGAUCCCCUCUUCUAUAUGCAACUACAGAUCAAAAAGCUUUGCAAUGGAAGUGAUUGGGAAAGUGAAAACGUCUGUCGUCCCUAACUUAUACCUCCACAACGCCAUUAUAACAGGGUAUUGUGCUGCAGGAAGGCUUGAUGAAGCUUAUAACCAUCUCCAAUCAAUGCAAAAUGAAGGAGUUGUUCCAAAUCAGGUGACUUUCACUAUCCUCAUGAAAGCUCAUAUCAAAGCAGGCGACGUUGAGUCUGCUAUAGCUUUGUUUGAGGACUCGGAUUGCGAGCCAGAUCAAGUCAUGUACAGUACUCUGCUUAAGGGUCUCUGUAAAAGUGAAAGACCUCGUGAUGCUUUAGCUCUGAUGUUAGAAAUGCGGAAGGAUGGUGUGUAUCCAAACAGAGACUCUUAUGAAACGCUGCUUCAGUGUCUCUGUUACUCUAGAUUGACCAUGGAAGCGGUUAAAGUAGUUAAAGACAUGGCUGCUCUUGGUUUUUGGCCUCGUUCGAUUAGUCCCACAUAGUCACUUUCUGAGAUUCUUUCUCUAUAGCUUAACGUGGUUUUGCAUAGAAUACACACAUUAAGAUGUCUUUGAGGCAACAUAGAGGAUUAAAGGUGUCGGCUUCCAAGAGUUUUGUCUCUGUAUCGGAUUCUUCUGCGCGGGAACUCUCUUCUCCAACAG